CUCUCUGUCUUUGACGUCAGGCAACUAAAUCGAGUGAGGAGUUAAUCGCUCAUGUGCUUGUUUGCAGUUUCGUAAGUGGGAAUGAAACUCCGUUAUGUUUCCCCGGCGAAAGGAUUAACUUAAGGUGCGCCUUGUUGGAACAUUUUCACUUUCCCCAUCGAAGCAGACGUCCAGCAGGCUCUCUGAAUGACAUAAAACGACUGUUUUUGUAGCACGUUAGCUGACGCAGCUAGUCGCUAGUGCUAACCGCUAACCGCUGAGUGUACAGCGUCACCUCAGGUAGACGCGUGUUUUUAUUGGUCUGCAAAUGAGUUUGCCUUUUUUAUAUUUGAUUUCUAAAGCAUUACAACUCGGUGAGUUUUGUACGUUGUUUUGAAUGUUUAACGUCGGUAAGGAGUUUUCCACCUGGUGCUGUUCUGCUACCUGUGUGAACGCCUUUAGCCACGUAAACUCUCCCUGCGGCUGUUGACGUAGCAUAGGCUGCGAACUCCCCUGCAGCUGAAGGCACACAGUGGGUGACUUUGCUUUCUGAAGUUCACGACACCAAUAACGUUCCCUGCAUAUUGAAGGCAAACCGACUGUCAACUGUCAAAGACAUGAUCUCUAGUGAGAAGCCACAAUGCUGUAGCGAGACUUGAGAGAGUGCGGGGAGAGUGCUUGUGUUUUGUUCGUCUCUGGAUGAUGAAGGGGAUCGUCUGGCUGAUAUCAGGAAUAAAGAGAAGAAUGAUGAAGCUGCUUUUCGUCCUUGCUUUAGUCGCCUACAUUGCAUCUGUCUGGGGAACUUAUACCAAUAUAAGAUCAAUACAAGAACAAGGAGAAGUGAAGAUUGAGCAGCGAAUUGACGAGGCUGUGGCUCCUCUCAGAGAAAAAAUUCGUGAUCUUGAACAAAGUUUUUCCCAGAAAUACCCACCAGUCAAAUUUCUGUCAGAGAAAGACCGUAAGAGGAUUUUGAUUACUGGAGGAGCUGGUUUUGUUGGCUCCCACCUCACUGACAAGUUGAUGAUGGACGGACACGAGGUAACGGUGGUGGACAACUUCUUCACGGGGAGAAAAAGAAAUGUCGAACACUGGAUUGGUCACGAAAACUUUGAGCUCAUCAAUCACGAUGUGGUGGAGCCUCUUUAUAUAGAAGUCGACCAAAUCUAUCACCUGGCGUCUCCAGCGUCUCCUCCCAACUACAUGUACAAUCCUAUCAAAACUCUCAAGACCAACACCAUCGGCACUCUUAACAUGCUGGGUCUUGCCAAACGUGUAGGUGCUAGACUUCUCCUGGCCUCUACGUCUGAAGUUUAUGGAGAUCCAGAGGUGCACCCACAGAACGAGGAGUACUGGGGCCACGUCAACCCCAUCGGUCCUCGAGCUUGCUACGACGAGGGCAAACGUGUAGCAGAGACCAUGUGUUACGCCUACAUGAAACAGGAAGGAGUGGAGGUGAGAGUGGCUCGAAUCUUCAACACCUUUGGUUCACGGAUGCACAUGAACGAUGGGCGCGUCGUCAGCAACUUCAUCCUCCAGGCCCUGCAGGGAGAACCCCUCACUGUCUAUGGUAGUGGUUCCCAAACCCGGGCGUUCCAGUAUGUGAGUGAUUUAGUGAACGGCCUGGUUUUACUGAUGAACAGUAACAUCAGCAGUCCUGUCAAUCUGGGGAACCCAGAGGAACACACCAUCCUGGAGUUUGCACGUCUCAUCAAAAGUCUUGUCGUGAGUCAGAGUCAGAUCCAGUUCCUGCCAGAGGCUCAGGACGACCCACAGAGACGGAGACCAGACAUCAGGAAAGCCAAGAUGUUGCUGGGCUGGGAGCCGGUGGUGCCGCUGGAGGAAGGUUUGAACAAAACCAUCCAGUACUUCAGCAGAGAGCUGGAAUACCAGGCCAACAACCAGUACAUCCCCAAACCUAAGGCUGCUCGCAUGAAGAAGGGCAGACCAAGACACAUCUGAGGGUUGGUACCACAGACUCAGACUCAGCACAGAGAGAUGUUUACACUCUUGAGAAGCCUUCGGAAAAGGUAUCUCUUUAUUAUUAAGGCGAUGCACAAUAGAGCAUUCUGGGACAUGGACUCUUAUUGUGAGAAGCGGAGACACUUUUAAAGUUUCUUAAAAAGAAAAACCCUGGAGAUUGUGUUGGAACUGCUGCAGCGUCUGGGACUGACAAACCCAAAAAUGGAAAAAACUCAGCCUUUUGUGAAUUUUGUGCUUUUUGCUAUUUAAAUAUCAGCCAUGGAAAUGCCAGUGUUUUCUCCUCAGCAGGUUCACUUUUAGAUUUGACCGUGUUGAGACUCUUAGAGCGACACCACCAUCACCGCCACCUCUUCAUCAAGACUCCCUUCAGUUCUACUUUGUGAAAGCUCGUAUUUUAAUGUGCUUUAAUGAUUUCAGGUGAAGAUGAUAUUUUAAUAAAAUAUUUUCAAUAUUUUGUGGUCUACAUAAA